GCUUGGGAAGGGCUUCUGGGAGGCCGAGUCUGCGGGGUGACAGUGGGAGACAGCAGCCUACAGUGGCACAGACAGGGUGGCAGAAACCCUGCCUCCCCUGCUGCCCAUCAGAGUUAUGGCACCAGAGAACCUGGCAUGUUGACCCGGGUCUGGGAGUCACUUCAGUGGCCAGCCUGGAGAUCGGGACCAGUCUUGUCACUUGUCGUCAGUAGAGGGACAACAAUAGAUAGGCCUGGCAGAGUGCUCCACGCUUUUUCGACUCUCCAGUUAAUGAUAGCUACUGUUUAUGAAGGGCUUCCAUUGUAGCAAAUUUGUGAUGCUUGACGGUAUCGGUAGCUCCCUGAGAAAUGACUGCUGUCCCCGGUGGCCAUGGGAAAGAAGCUGGUGAUGGCCCAGAAGCGUGGAGAGACACGAGCCCUCUGCCUGGGAGUGACAAUGGUAGUGUGUGCGGCCAUCACCUACUACAUCCUGGGUACCACUGUGCUGCCCCUCUACCAGAAAAGUGUGUGGACCCAGGAAUCUACCUGUCAUCUGAUUGAAACCAACAUCAAGGACCAUGAUGAGUUGGAAGGCAAGAAGGUGCCCCAGUACCCAUGCCUUUGGGUCAAUGUAUCAGCUGUGGGCAGAUGGGCCGUGCUGUAUCACACAGAGGACACUCGGGACCAAAACCAGCAGUGCUCCUAUAUCCCUGGCAACCUGGACAACUACCAGAUGGCCCUGGCUGAUGUGGAGACGGUCAGAGGCAAUUUCCAUGAGCACCAGACUUUCUACUGCUUCUCUGCACCCCAAGUCAAUGAGACCACCGUUGUGUAUCGUCGCCUCUAUGGGCCCCAAGUUCUCCUCUUCUCCUUCUUCUGGCCCACCUUCCUGCUGACUGGUGGCCUCCUCAUUAUUGCCAUGGUGAAGCUCAACAGGUCCCUAUCCAUCUUGGCAGCUCAGAGGUAGACCAGUCUACUCUGCACCAUAGCGCGGGAGUCACCGCAGACAGCAGGGGUCACAGGCAGGGUUGCUCAUCACUCUUCCUCUUCUUUUGUUUGUUCAACAUCUUUGGGAAGUCAUUUCCUACUAAAGAAUGUUUAAUAGCUUUCCAGUGCCUUUGGAUGACAAAGAGCUAGCCAGUUACAGCUCCUUGCUCCCUGUCCUCAAUUGGUUCAUGUCUGUUAACUACUAUGUCGGUUUAUACGCCCCAGAUGAUGAAUAUUGUCACCUCUGUUCCUAUGUUCUCUCUCUUAGCUCAAAUGCCUGCCUAUUGCUCCCAAGAUAUUCUCCUUGGCCAAAUUCAGCUUCUUUCAAUUGUCACAAAAACAAGAGCUCUCAUUUAUAGGGCAACUUAGUGUAUUGCUUUUUGUUAAGGACAUUAACUCACACAUUAUUCUGAAAAUGUAAAAUUGCUAUUGUCCUUCAACAUCCACAGGAACUAGUUCCGAGACUCCCUCAGAUGCCAAAAAUCCCUUAAUAUAAAGUGAUGCAGUGUGUGUGUGUGUGUGUGUGUGUGUGUGUGUGUGUGUGUGUGUGAGAGAGAGAGAGAGAGAGAGAGAGAGAGAGAGAGAGAGACCUCUGCACACCUUCCUAUGUGCCUCACAACAUCUCCAGGUGACUAAUAACACCCACUACAAUGUCAAUGCAGUAAAUAGUUUUCAUUUUCUAUUGUUUAGGGAAUAAUGAUGAGGAAGGGUCCAUCUAUGCUCACUACAGAUGCAAUUUUCCCCAAAUACUUUCAAUCUGCAGUUGAUUGAAUGCAAUGGGGCAGAACCUCCUGAUACAGAGUCCAAGAAUAUUCACACAAUAACAAAAGUCUUUGAGGAAAUAAACACAUCAAAAUAUUAACUGUGA